GGGCUGUUGAACCUGACCCCAACAAAGAAUGGGCCUCCAGAAGUUCCACCAAUAAGAUAGCAACCGCGCCUCAAAAAGUCGCCGAGUUUUUGCAAGGUGAGGAUGAACCCAACGUUGUGUUCAUUAUCGUAGUAUCAUCAAACAACGCCAGAGAUUAAAAAAAAGACUCGAGUUCUUGUUUAGAUUGGCGUUGAAUUAUGUAAUUCCCCGGUUGACACGCAAGAUUUACCUGGUAUGGCAACCCUGUUUUUGCAGAUGCAAGCGGUAACUUUCGAACAGGGAUGUAAAUGUUAAUGACAAGACGAGUGAGGCACAUGAGCUGGCUUUGUUUAGGGUCUUGAUGAUAAGAAUGAUGGUUGUUUUGCUAGAGUGUUUAUGACUUGAUUCUGAAAUGUGAGGGCUUUGUUUUGUAAAUAGUGAUGUAUCAAAUUGUGCUCGUUUUUGUGUUGCUGAGCUCCACACUGCAAGUCAUUGCAUCGGGUUCAGGCAUCCCACCAAAAGAAUACAGUGAUCCACACAGAGGCAGAAAACCUCGUGAAAUCAGGAAGGAGUCAAGGGAAGGUCGUCUUCUGUAUCAAUCAUCUGACGAAGCUCAAGAUCCCAAAAAGAUGGUUUUAUUCCAAAACCGACCGGGAGAACCACUCCACGAUCUGUACCGAAAAGGUUUUUCUUACCUACAUGUACCAGAUUUCCACCGGCAAGCGGUGGAGGAGAGGACACCCAGACAAGGUGGCGUUAGUAAUCAAUCGAUUGAUGACAUAAUUAGUGGCAUUAUUCAUUUGCUGGGAGGAGAUGUACAUGUCACGAGACCAGAAACAAAGUUACCACCUGUCAUAUUUCCUGCAUCACCAAGACCGACAAGAAUUAAUGAUAGGGGUCCGGCCCAUUUCGACCAAUAUCCCAAACGCCAUCCCACAAAUGCAAGCAGACCAUCAUCACCAUCAGUGUCAAGUUCAUCUGUGAUAGAUAUCAGUAGCUCUUCCACCAAUAAAAUAUUUUUCCCAGAUGCUACAGAUGUUAGUGCGAUUUUAGGUCUUAUUAAUAAAACAGACAGCACACUAAGUCCUGCUGGCGAUGCGACACCAGUCUUAAACUCUUCAUCUACCUUUAUAGGUGAUGGAGGUAACGUUUCCUCUGGGGAAUUGGAGAUUGUAGAGAUAGUGCCAAGUAUUGGAGCCAGUAUUAGUUCAUAUGACACUUCAAAGACUGACUCUCUAAGUCAUAGCGGGACUCAAAUUAUGCCAACAGGAGUCUUAACUGAACUCGAUAAAAAUGGACAUACAUUUAUAGAAACCUUUGUAAGCAAAGGUGAUAGUUCAAGCGAUAAAAGUUCACCAAAAACGACCAUAAACUACACGGAAUUGCCGAUCAUAUUACCUUCAACGAAUGUUCCUUUAACUGGUAGUUCUUCAACUCAUAAACAUCCAUCAGGACCUGUUACGGAAUGGUUGCCUAUUCCGAAACCCCCCGAAAGGGGACCAAAUUAUACAAGUUCUCACAAAAUCGAUCAUGAGGAGCCAGUCAUAAUAACUCGUGAGCCUGACAGUUUCGAAAUUACUGUCACGCGACAGAUGUACAAUAACCAAUCUGAGACGAAAGCCAUACCCACAUUUACAAGUCUGAUUACACCCACCGAUGUCACAUCGACAACUGACAUUUCUGUUUCUAUAAUAUCAACGAAAGUAGAUGUCAUUUAUGGACGGCCGAGUGUGUCGGCUUUGCCUCCUCCACCUCCUCCUCUUCCACCACCGACUGGUAGACCUCAAGUCUAUCCCGUUGACAUAUCAGAACUAAGGCCCUCGAGUAGGCCUAACAUGUACCCUAGACCAAGGCCUCCGGAAUUUCCACCACCGCCAUUACCUAAGUAUGGUAAUAGUUUAAGACCGUUGCCAAUUCCUAAACCGGGAGCUAAUACAAUUGUGAGGAAACCACCGAUAUUUAGACCACAGCCACCACAGCUUCCAGAAAUUAGAAUCGACACAUGUGUGGUCGGCGAUGAUACCACGUGCGAUGUGCAGUUGAAGGAGCAAUGUAGAACAGAACGGGGUGUGAGUUCAUGCUUAUGCCGACCUGGAUAUGGGCGCAAUUUAGAAAGAACACAAUGCACCCGUCUCUACUUUAUUCGGCUACAGUCCACUUUCAGAUGCCUACAGGGGAGCAAUCCUGAAUCGUAUCUACUUCAUCGCCAAUCGAAUGGUCAUCAACAGCACUGUCCACCUGUCAGAAUCAGAGGUUAGAGGAUCCCUGAGGCAUCAUGUUGAACAUGCCGUAGCCACUGCCAUCAGCAGGAGAGAAAACAGAUUAGGAACAAGUCAACUCUACGUGAACGGACCCUUAAGCGCUCUUGUGGAAGUCGAAGAUCUCAACGAGUGCAAGGACAAGGUUCUGAAUGAUUGUUCUGAACAUGCUUUGUGCGACAAUCUUUUCGGCUCGUUCCAAUGCAAAUGCAAACCUGGCUACACAGACAAAUACAAAGGAGAUCCAAAGAAUGAGGGUAGAGUUUGUUCCGCUUGUUCUCCCGAUUAUUGUAAUGGCAAAGGUCAAUGUGUUGUAGUUCAAGGGCGUCAAGAAUGCAGGUGCCGAGGAAAUUAUGGAGGUUCCAGGUGCCAAGUUGACAAUGAAGUUGUUGGUGUAUCUGUUGGUGUUUCUGUUAUAGCUAUUAUUGUGAUAGCUAUUACUGCAGCAUGUCUUUAUUUGUGGAACCGGCGAUGGAAACGUGCUCAUCAGAAAUCAGAAGCUGCAAAGCACGCUGGAUAUAGGCUUCAGACAAUGGCUGAUCACGUGAGAUGGGGACCCACAAGUCCCCUCGGAAGUACAUACGUGCCGUCCGAAUCGACUAUGCAACUAUCAUCGCCACAGCUGUCAGCAUCUGCUAGUCAGUUAUAUGCCAUAUCCACAAUUCAGCCUCCGAACCGGUUUCAGAGGAGCCAAAUGUACCACGAAGACGAUUCGAACCCUUAUGGGAAGAUUAUUAGAACGUUACAAAGACAUAAUAGUUUGAAUCAUUCUGGUGGCCUCCACUACGACACUUUAAACUCAGAAUGUGCAUCUUCUGAAGAAAUGGGAUUUCCUUCUGUACCGAGCAAUUCUUUUGUCUAUCACGGUACUUUUGACCGAUCGAAACUUUACAGAUAAAGGUUGGACUAUUUUCUGCAGGACACUAACUGUCAAUCUGCCAUGAGAAGAAAAGUCGAAAGUUCCGACAACGUCGAGACUUUGUUCGUUUAUUGAUCGUUACGCUUUUCCGUGCCUUAAACCUUCCUCUGGGACGUAAUACGAACAAGAUAUUUUGACAGGAUAAGAAAGAACAAACAUUGUUCGUUUAUUGUUCCGCUAUCCAAUUUAAAAAACAAUUUCGUUCUUCUUAAAUGAAUUAGGGGUGAGCUUAAAACUUUUGAUUCGAAAGUACUAGUUUGAUCAUAAAGAACUUUUAUUCGUAUUGUAUAUAUGGAAUUUAGAAUUUGUAAAUUGUUUUGUUUCUCUGUUAUAUCAUCUGUAAACCUUGUUUUCUAACGGAUUUUAUUGACUCUAAGCUGAAUUGAAAAGCUAUAUCAUUCCUUUAUGAUUUUUUUUUUUGUUGUGUUUGCUACCAUUUUCAUAAUACUUCACUGUUGCUCUUUUAAUAAUAAUUUAGCUUCUUGUUAAUUACUCUUUUCUGAUAUUUUAAUGUUUUAUCGCUAUUUUUAAUAUAAUUUAAAAUAGUUCUUCUCCUUUUAUUUGAAGCAAAAUUUUAAUGUCUUGCUGCUUUUUUAGGAUAGGGAAACCUCCUAUUACACUAACUAUUUCAUUGUAGUAUUUUUUUGCGCGCCAUUUAAGCAUCCUUUUGAACUUAAUGCAAUUUUCUCAUUUUUUCCUCUAUUUUUAUUUUGUUAAAUUUUUAUCGUUUGCUAAAUUUUUAUCGUUUGCUGAUUUUUUCUGUCAUUUACUGAUUUUUUUUGGCAUUUACUGGUUCUUCUAGAGCAUUAUUUUACGACUUUAGCGAUACUUUUUCAAUCAUUUAAAUAUUCCGACAUAACACUGAAUCUGUACAAUGAUUUUUAUAUAAUCUUGCUGCUCUUCUAACGAUAUAUCAGCUCUUAGAUUUAUUCAUAUGAUAUUGUAAUACCUUUGGUCUAUUGAGAAAAGUGGAAAUUUGAAAGACAAUCUGUUUUUAAAUAUAAAAAAAGUGUUCAUUUUGACAUUGACUAAGAGCGAGUACAGACAGUUCAGUUCGGUAUUUAUAAUUUUUAUAGAUACUUAACAGAGAUUCUUAUUAUAAGGAAAAACACUGAACGCGUAAUAAAAAAUUAUGUAUUUAGAGAUCUGUGUUCUACGUGUAUAACUUUUUAUCAACUUCUACGAAACUAGUUAAUUGUAUCUGAUUGUGAUUUCAUGUUUUAUUUAUUAAAUUUAUUUAAAAUGUCUUUUAAUCGUUCAAAUUUAUGAUUUUCAUUUCUAACUAGUUCCUAAAAGCUUAGUCACAGGAUUUUUUUUCAUUAUAAAUUAUCGGAAUAAGAAAAACUUGAGUGCUUUUGCCUAAUUUAAUAUUUAUUUUUAAAAACGAAAUUAUUUAUAAAGAAAAAUAAAGAGGUUUUAGAAUACUAUGAAAAGCUAUUUAUUGGAGAUUUAUAUAGUUCAAAGCGAUUUAUAAUACCGGUAAAUAAUAAUCAAUUUUUAAGUACUAUAAAACAGUUAUUUUUCUAAUAAUCUUUAGUUUUAUUCUUAAAAGAAAAGUAAACAGUAUGAUUCUUAAUUUAAGAAUACUUAUUCAUAAGAAAGUAUGCCUUUUAAAGAACCUUUUUUCUUGUCCAACAUGCUUUUAAUUAUUGCAAGACCAAAAUUUUUACAUUGCAACCUUUGUUCGUUUUAAAUGCAAUUGUUAAUUUUUUUAAAAAAAUGUACGUUUUAAGUUACCUGUAUUUGAGUAUUUUUGAAAUAAAAUGUUUUAAGACUCA